CUCGUUAGCCGCCCUCGAACUUCGCCGCGUCCCAGCAGCUGUAGGGGUCCCUUGCAGGCGAGUGCCUCUGAGGAGCUGACGCCCAGGGAGCACCUCUGGACGUACCACCUGGGAGAACGCACCCACCUGAGUGGAGAAGGGUACUCUACCUUAGGAUCUUGCUCAGACUAAAGGGCCUCGGAGUGAGCCCAGCCGUUUGCUGAGCUUCGUGCUCCGUCUCUGGAAAAGGAGGUCCGAAUGAGGGGAUGCGAAGAGAAAGAAAACCGAGGAAACCCGGCCCCUGCUUGCCUCUGUGUCCGUGUAGGGAUGGAGAAGGGUCAAGAUUGCUAAGAUGUGCCCACAUCGAGGAAUUGUUUUGCUACUGGACACUUGUCACAGUCAAGGAAACUGAGCCUGAAUCAGGGUGACAGGAGAGAUGAGGGGUUCCUGCAUGAGCCAGAGGCAGCUGGGAGCUGAGCACCAGAGGAUAGGUCUUGGGACCUGGAGUAUAGCUGAGUCUUGCUUCUGCUGUGUCAUCUGAUUCACAGUCCCCACAUUGUCCAAGUUUUCCUGGCUGGUCAUGGCCCAGAAACUGUGGGCAACCCGGCUGCUCCGGCACCGGAAAACCCAGCUGCUGUUGGUCAAUCUGCUGACCUUUGGCCUAGAAGUCUGUCUGGCUGCAGGGAUCACCUAUGUGCCACCUUUGCUACUGGAAGUUGGGGUGGAAGAGAAGUUUAUGACGAUGGUCCUGGGCAUCGGCCCUGUCCUGGGCUUGGUCUCCGUGCCCCUCCUGGGCUCAGCCAGCGACCACUGGCGCGGCCGCUACGGACGCCGGCGCCCCUUCAUCUGGGCCCUGUCCCUGGGCGUCUUGUUAAGUCUCUUUCUCAUUCCUCGAGCGAGUCGCCUGGCCGGGCUGGUGUACCCGGACGCCCGGCCCCUGGAGCUGGCCCUGCUCAUCCUGGGUGUGGGGCUGCUGGAUUUCUGUGGCCAGGUGUGCUUCACCCCACUGGAGGCCCUGCUCUCUGACCUCUUCCGAGACCCAGACCACUGCCGCCAGGCCUUCUCCGUGUACGCCUUCAUGAUCAGCCUGGGGGGCUGCCUGGGCUACCUGCUGCCCGCCAUUGACUGGGACGCCAGCGCUCUGGCCCCCUACCUCGGUACUCAGGAGGAGUGCCUCUUCGGCCUGCUCACCCUCAUCUUCCUCAUGUGCAUGGCGGCCACGCUGCUGGUGGCCGAGGAGGCGGCCCUGGGCUCCUCCGACCCUCCGGAGGGGCUUCCGGUGCUUCCUGCGCCUUCUCGGUGCUGCCCGUGCCGGGCCCGCCUUGCAUUCCGGAACCUGGCUGCCCUGGUGCCCCGACUGCACAGGCUCUGCUGCCGGGUGCCCCGGGCCCUCCGAAGGCUCUUUGUAGCCGAGCUGUGCAGUUGGAUGGCCCUCAUGACGUUUACACUCUUCUACACUGACUUUGUAGGCGAAGGCCUGUAUCAGGGGGUGCCGCGGGCUGAGCCAGGCACAGAUGCUCGGCGACACUAUGAUGAAGGUGUUCGCAUGGGUAGCCUGGGGCUCUUCCUGCAGUGUACGAUCUCCUUGUUCUUCUCACUGGGUAUGGACCGACUGGUGCAUCGCUUUGGGACCCGGGCGGUGUAUCUGGCCAGUGUGUUUGCCUUCCCAGUGGCUGCUGGUGUGACAUGCCUCUCCCGGAGUGUGGCUGUGGUCACUGCUUCAGCUGCCCUCACAGGCUUCACAUUUUCUGCCCUGCAGAUCCUGCCUUAUACCCUGGCCUCCCUUUACCACCGAGAGAAGCAGGUAUUCUUGCCCAAAUACAGAGGAGAAAGCAGCAGCAAUAGUGGUGGUGACAGCCUAACCACCAGCUUCUUGGCAGGCCCCAAAGCUGGGGGACCCUUUCCUAAUGGACAUUCAGGGGCUUCCAAUGCCGGCCUCUUUCCUUCCUCCCCCCCACUGUGUGGGGCCUCCCCUUGUGACGUGUCGGUGAGGAUGGUGGUCGGGGAGGCAGCCGAGCCUGGGGGUCCAGGCCGGGGCAUCUGCCUGGACCUAGCGGUCCUGGACAGCGCCUUUCUCCUCUCUCAGGUGGCACCAUCCUUGUUCAUGGGCUCCAUCGUCCAGCUGAGCCAGUCGGUCACAGCCUACAUGGUGUCAGCGGCGGGCCUUGGGGUGAUAGCCAUCUAUUUCGCCACUCAGGUGGUCUUUGACAAAAGUGACUUGGCUAAGUAUUCCAUCUAGGUGUCUCCUGAGCCCCGGAGGAGGGCCCCUCUCGCCCUUUCGUUCCCGCCUUUCUCCCUCCCUCCAUUUCUGUAUCUGUCCUCCUCCCACCUCGUCCAAGACUUGGAUUGGGAACGGCUGAGAAUCCCAGCUCAGCCUCCCUUUUCUCUCUCCUCUCGGAGUUUGUGGGUUUCAAAAUCCCGUUCCUGUCACUGCCAAAGUGGAGGGGGGCAGCUCUUUGCUGGCCCCCCCAGUACUCAGCUCAAGAGACGACUGAUGAGCGGGGGGCCUGGUGCCUCUGGGCUCUGUUGCACACUCUUCCUCUCUUCAUUCCCUCACAGACCUGGGGGGUGACUGAAGCAGAGGAGCCCCGGGGCAGCCGGGGCUGGUUUCCCGGCUGACCUGAAAGCCUGAAGUCCUGGCUUCUAGUUGGGGAGGUGGGGGCCGCCGAGGGCCUCACGGGUGGCUUUGUGUUCAUGGUUUGGGAAACAGCACGGGUCUUUGAGACCCUAGGGAUAAGAGCGAAGGCCCGGAGUUAGGACGGAUGAGAAAAAGGGAUGAUUUAUAGGAUGGACAAACCAAAGAGGCCAGCCUCUCCUCUUCCUACCCCAUCCCCUCCCCAGAAAUCUCUCAUGCGCCUCUUCCUCUCUGUCCUUGGGGAUUGCUCCUCCUAAGGCUGCUGCCACACAGGAAGUUUGAACCUGAGACUUCCCCCACCUUGCCCCAACCCCAGGAUUGGAAAAUGUGAAAAAAAAAUGGGCCUCUUCCCAGACCCUACUUUUAUACUUUCUUCGGCUUUUUCCCCCAUCCCCUUCCACCGCUCAUUUGAUCAAUACCCGAAAACUCUUCCCCAUUCCACCAGGCAGGUCUUGUGUUUUCCUGUUUAAUCCCCCCAAGGUCUUUAAACGUUUAACUUAUUUAUUUACCAGAUGUGGGGCAGUUGCUAACUCGAGUAUUAGCUUUUGCAGGGCCUGGUUCCCUGUCGGCUGAGCCAAGCCUGUCACUGCCAUUCUGGGAGUGAUGGUUCUAGAAGCUAAAUAAUGAUGUCUCUCGCUUAGCCAGGUGCCAGGGGUUCUGCCCCCCUGGUCUUGUUAAAAUGGUCACCACAGUGCCUUGGCCCACCUUUCCACCCUCCCCGGUCUCACAGCCACCCCUGCUCUUCUCUCUUGGCUUUGGCAUCCCUUCUCGCGCCGUGGAUCCGUCUCUCACCAUGACACCCCCCUCCCCGCCUCCUCCCUUCUCAGGCUUCUUGCCUCUCAGCCCCAGAAGGCAUACACUGUGCCUGGGGGGGCGCAGGAUCUCAGGAGCACCCCUGCCUGGGCCAGGAGGUCUUACCUCGGGGGUGUAAGUGCUGUUUGCAAUAAUGUUUUAUGUCUUAUUUAUUUAGCUAAGUGAAUAUUUUGUACAGUGUGCAAGCAAUCAGAGUAUAAAGUUUAUUAAGGUGAAAUAAAGAAGCUUCGUAUAUAUUUAAUAA